CCCGGGGCAGCCGGGCCAGAGCAGCGGGGCACGGGGGGACUCCGUCCGAAGUGGAAUUUUCCCGGUUGUCGAGGCGCAGCCACGAAGUUCUGCCUUGGAACGGGCCGGCGGAUGGGGCUCUUUUGUUUUGGUAUGGCUUGCGGGUGAUGCGUUAUGCAAGUGCCUCAAGUUUUCCUACAAGAUGUGUUCCCCAAAUCCAGCAAACUGGGUCACCUUUGAAGAUGAGCCUCCCUUCCAGUCACCUCAGAAACUGGUUGACAAUCAGAGUAGCACCAAACCAAAUGGCCUUAAGCUCAACCUGUGCAGUGUUCAUGAGUCUUCAAGCAGGUCGUCCUCUACAGGCAGCACUCCGCUCUCAUCUCCUGUAGUUGAUUUCUACCUAAGUCCUGGACCCCCCAGCAACUCUCCACUUACUACACCUACCAGAGACUACCCGGGAAACCCCUGCUUUCCAAAGUCUGGGAUUCAUGUGCUUUACCCGAUCCCUGAAUGGCCAUCAAAUGUUAACCCUUCUCCAUCCCCUGGGAUUUGCUCAUCCCUAGCCUCGCAGAAACCGAGCAGCCUUCCUUUGAGCCCCUCACCUAAUGACUAUCCAGAUAAGACUUUGGUCUCCAAAUCAGCAGAUGAAGGAAGUCCUAACGCACCAGAAAGCUGCGAGGAGCUGGCUCCAGGACACUUCCCAUACUUCCACAGUGACUGUGCUUUCUCCAGUCCUUUUUGGAAGGAAGGGUGCUCCCUCAGCAUGUCACCAGCUAAUGCUAGCAUGCACAGGAAGGACAAAGUGCUUGACAGGAGUGGGUGUCAUCCUAGAGACAAAGAAACAUGUCAUGAUCAGAAAAGCCUUAACCAGGGCUCCUUCAGUUACAUCUGUGAGAGGCUUGAACACCUACAAGCUGACAGCUGUGAGGCUGUGGAAAACCCACCCAUCUCCAGCACCCACACGUGGCACAAGCUCUCCCCCACCAUCCCACGCAGCCUUUUCAGGAGCCAGAAAUCAGAUGGGUGGCCGUUCAUGCUGAGGAUUCCUGAGAAGAAGAACAUGAUGUCAUCUCGGCAGUGGGGCCCCAUUUACCUGAGCGUCCUGGCUGGAGGGGUGUUGCAGAUGUAUUACGAAAAGGGCCUGGAGAAACCUUUCAAGGAAUUCCAGCUGCAGCCGCAGUGCAAGCUGUCCGAACCCAAACUGGAGAGCUACAACGUCUCAGGAAAAAUCCACACUGUGAAGAUCGAGUGCGUGUCUUACACGGAGAAGAGGAGGUACCACCCCAAGGUAGAGGUGAUCCAUGAGCCAGAGGUGGAGCAGAUGUUGAAGCUGGGCACCACCGAUUACAACGACUUCACUGAUUUCCUUGUGACGGUCGAGGAGGAGCUCAUGAAACUUCCUGCUCUUUCCAGACAAAAGAGGAAUUAUGAAGAGCAAGAAAUGACUCUGGAAAUAGUGGAUAACUUUUGGGGGAAAGUCACUAAGGCAGAAGGAAAACUCGUAGAAAGUGCAGUCAUCACACACAUUUACUGCCUGUGUUUUGUGAACGGCGGUGCCGAGUGUUUUCUAACCCUGAACGACCUGGAGCUCCAGAAGAGGGACGAGCGUUACUUUGAGAAGGAGCAGGAGAAGAAGUGGAUCGAUAUUCUCGACUGCCAUUUCCAUAACUGUGUCAAAGCACAGGAAUUUGAGCAGUCACGGAUUAUUAAGUUUACACCCCCGGACGCCUGCAGGCUGGAACUGAUGCGCUUCAGGACACGCUACAAUGGGCAAGACCUUCCCUUUUCUGUGAAGGCUGCAGUGGUGGUUCAGGGGGCAUACAUUGAACUUCAGGCUUUCAUAAACAUGUCCUCAACUGCUCAGAUCCCGACACGUUUACCCUCUGUGAAAUACUGUGAAAAUGUUAUGAUACGCUUUCCUGUUCCCACACAGUGGAUCAAAGCACUUUGGACCAUGAACCUCCAAAGGCAGAAGUCCCUAAAAGCAAAAAUGAAUAGGAGAGCAUGCCUUGGGGCUCUGCAUGAGGUUGAAUCUGAUCCCGUAAUCCAAGUCUCAGUUGGAACAGCAAAAUACGAGAGUGCCUACAGGGCCGUGGUGUGGAAGAUUGACAGGCUUCCAGAUAAAAAUUCAAGUCUGGAUCAUCCACACAGCCUGUCUUACAAACUGGAACUGGGAUCAGACCAGGAGAUACCCUCUGACUGGUACCCGUUUGCUACUGUCCAGUUUGUUGUUCAUGACACGUGUGCCUCAGGAACAGAAGUGAAGUCCCUGGGCAUAGAGAGCGAUCUGCAGCCCCAGAAACACGUGGUUCAGAAAGCUUUUUACAAUUGCCAGGUUGAAAUUGAAAAGAAGUGGAUUAGGCUUGAUGGAGAAGACCCAGAUAAGGCUGGCAACUGCCUAAUGCAAUGAAAGAGGACAGGAGGCACCGUCAUAGGAUAUUAUUAGGGAUCAAUUUACAUAGGAAAUUCUAUUGUUAGGAGAAGCGCAGUGACCCAGAUUAGGGUAAACACUGUCAUUGAAUUUUUUUUAGUGCUUAUGGGUUUGAGUCUGCAGUCAUUGGACUGGCCUGCAUUCAAGUAAACUUCCUGUCAUGGGAGCCCUGGUAUGAGUAAGGUCUCCUUGUCAGAGUAGCAGGAUGUGAGCACUAGACUGACUGAUUCUAAUGUAUUGUUUUCCUUUUGUGUAUUUGUGACUGGGGAAUGAUCUCAUACUCCCUACUGAAACCUAAUGGCACUACUCAAAAGGUUUAUUUCACUUGGACAUGUAAUAUUUAGUAAUAAAAACUUCCAGAGUGCUUAUGAUCUAUCAGCACCUGUGUAAGGUCCAGAAGGACCAAUUAACAUUUUUUAGUGCUGUUUGAAAACUCAAGUCCCUCAUGUUUUGGCUCCCCUUGAUGUAUGUGAGUAGAACAAGUCCAAAUAAUAUUCUCAACAAGAGCCUUAAUUAAUGAGUUGAAAAUUGGGUGAUUUCAUUGGGAAAAAGGGUUCUCUGCAAUAGUACUCUUUAUUCUUCUGUGGCUGCAACUGUUUCAUUCUUCUGUGGCUGCAACUGUUCCCUCCUCAGCACUUUUUAGGUUCACUCAAAGUAAUCUCUUGGGCAGAAAAACCCAUAUGGCAGAUGUGAUUGAAGUCUCUGUGCCAGGUUUAGACAGUUCCUUUUCACUACUGCAGCAAGUGAGAUAAGGGGUGGAUUCUCAGUGAGUGUAAAUCAGUCCAGGGCCAUUUCAUCUGAUGAGGCUUGGAGAAUUUACACCAGAGGAGGUUUCCUUCCACGAGCUGGAUGCUGCUGUUUGCUCUGUGUCUCCUUUAGGAUGCAAGUUUCAGAUGUUGGUAUGGAAACUGCAGGAGCUGUGGCUUUGAGUAACUUUUAAGACAUGCAUGAAAAGGGAGAUGUUUUCAUGCUCCUGGCUCUAAAGGCAUUUUCCAUGGGGAAGUAAUGCAGGAAUGGACUGUCACAAGAGACAUGAAGCUGUGAUGCUUCAUCAGGCAGCCUGAGCUACUAAUCACUAAUGUCAAUGUGUUAAUUGUGUUUUCAACAAACAAUUGGCCUUGAGGGAAAUGUUCUAAUACUUCCCUUCAACCAUUAUUCCCUUUGCCAUUUUCUGCAGGCUGUAAUUCCAGGUCUGAAACAUUUUUAAAAUUUAUCAUACUGUCUGAAACAAUAUGAUAAAUUUUAAAAAUGCUCAUAAUACCCCUUUUUUUUGGCUGCAGUUUUCUUAAAAUUAGCCUUACUUCAAACUAAAAUUAGUGGAGAACAAAAAUAUAGGAUUGCACUGUCUCACUUUAUAUUUUGUACAGCUUGUAACUGUUUAUAUGAACACUGUGUAAAAAUACAGAUAAAUGGUAUUCCCCAAAAGUAGAAAUAUGUGGGAUAUACACAGAGAAAAUUACCAGUCUGAAGAAAUAGAAGACCAUAAUAUGAACCUAGUUCAUCACAAUAAACUUUUCCCCCCAUCCAGAAGCUGAGAAUGAAAUGGGUAAUAGAUUCUAUAGUAAGUCCUGAGGGCAGGUUUUUUAUGGGUAUUGCAUUGCCAAAGCCCCAAAUAGACUAUUAUGGUAUUUGGGCUUCUCUAUAUAUCCCUUUUUAUUAGCAGAUUAUAUUGUUAUAAAUCUAAGCAAGCGUUGGACUACAGUAGUGAUCCAGAUAUGUCUCAGCUGUUGCCUCCUCUGUCUGUGUUUUGACUUGAGAAGCCAUUAGCACCUUCAAGUCAUGUUUGGUAUUUUAUUAAUAUUUAAUUUGGUUUAUAUUCUUCUCAGCUGAACUAAGGGGCACAGCGUUGCCACCAGGGCAAAGUGUUCAUACUUGGUGACAUGGCAAGCUCUGCAGUUUGCUGAAGUCCAUGGUUGUACUACAACUACAAUAUUUAUUAACCUCUUUGCUCAGUGAGGUAGAGACAGCAAAAUAUGCAUUGCAAUCACCUGCAGUUACCUUUGCCUGGGGCUGACUUGUUUUGAUUGGCAUUAAACUGCUAACUCAGUAAACCUGUUAACAGUGGUUGCUCUCCAAAGCCUGUCUUGCCUAGCUGUCCCUAUUUUUCUGUUUUUAAGAAGGAGGAACCUGAAUAUCUCCAUUCCAGCUCUCUUUCAACUUAGGAUCUCCAUUCACAGCACUCACCUCCUGGGCACGGGGUACCUGGUGGUGUUACAGGUCCUGCAGAAGCUGUGGCUGCUGUUGUGCUCUCAGGUUUCUGCUGUGUCUCAGGACGUGUUUAAGGAGCCUGUGUAGUGUUGACCCUUCAAGAUACAAGCUACUGUUUGCAGUGAGUGGCUUAAAUAAUGAAUGACCACCUUACAAGUCACCAUUCCUGCUAGAGAGUUGUAUUAACUCCAGUUGUAUUAAGGUGUUAUGGUGCAAAUGAUCAUUCAGACUUACUGAACUCAGUAACAUAAAAAGGUCAAGCUACAGCUUUGUCUGUGUUGCAAACCCCUGGAUUUUCAUUUGAGGCUUGCAAGACUCAUGAUUAACUUUAAUCAGAAUUGGAUCAGGAUAACAGGGAAUUAACUCCACAGAAAUACUGCUACACUGAAAGAAAGUUACUCUGUUUAAUACAUGGCUUUCAGUUUAAACUUGACAAUUAGUGAAGCCUAAGAUUGAAUAAUUGCCCUGUUCAGUCUCACACUGAUGUUCAUAUGCCUUGAUGUCAGAAUAUUUAAAAAUAGGCUGCAGUUUAAUGAAAGAAAAUUUGGGUUGUCUGACUUUUUUCCCUGCCAUCAAAUUCUAACUUCCCAUUAUAUUGCAACACGCCAAACCAGAAAUAACCAGGCUUCUCCUUUAUUCUGUGUUGUCUUGAGCAUAACUUACUGACCAAAUAUUCUUAACUUUAAGACUCAUUGCUAACAUUUCCCAUGAAUGUUAGCUGCAGUUUUCUUAAAAUUAGCCUUACUACUGUUAAUAUCAGCAGCUGAUACUGAGUAAACAAACGGGCUCUGAAUUCUUUAGAAAUUUCAGCUACAAGUAGUCUAAUUGUAAUUUUGGGAAGGGGAGUGGAGAUGAGGAGCAAUUGCUAUAAUCUGUUGUGAUGCAUAAGCAGUGUCCAGCUAGCAGAAGGACUGGAGCUUUAAAUAACUCAUGAGGUACUGGCAUCAUGUGAGGAGCCAGGUUUCACACGUGUCUGAUCUCUGCUUCCCGCAGCGAGUGCCCGCAGUCACUGAAAUGCUUCCAACUGCCUGGGUCACUUAAGAUGCUGACAUUUCACUAACAUUUACUUCAGGGCAGUGUUUAGAUGUUAUCUGUGUUUCCUUCACAAAGGACCAGCAGGGUUUGGGAGAUUUUAUAUUUAAAACAGAAAUCAAUGAGAACAACUAUUUUUAUAGUGUGUUUGCCUUACUUACAAAGUGUCAUAUUUGCUGAAAACGACAAACUUUAUCUUUGCAUUCAUCUUUGUUGUACUAAUUGUAUUACUCCAGGUAAAUGGUACUUGAUGUAAUUUUGGAUUCAAACACCCAUUGAAGUCAGUGGAAGUCUUUUAACUGAUAAAAUGGGAUCUGCAUCAAAGUCUCUAAUAAUAAAAGAGAGGCAAAAAAGAAGAAGAAGAAAAGAAUAGUGAUAAUCGUCUGUAGAUGUUUUUUUAUGUCAGUAAGUAAAAAACCAGCAAUGCCCACUUACGCCAACCAGAAGAGAGCACAAAGUGUAAGAAAAGAGGUGUUACUGGAUGCCGCAGCUGAAGCUCUGCAGAGAUUGGGAACAAUGGUUCUGUUGCCCCUGGGUAGAAACUCUCAAGAAAUUAGGAUGAUGAUGCACUCCAUUGAGCUUGAUACCAAGCCACCGUCAUCCUUAUGCUCCUUGCUUUGUUUUCCUCCAGAUUCUGUAUUAAUUGUCCAAAAGUAUUUUAUAUCUGAACACAUGUUUUCACAUGUUACUUUUGGUUGUGUUUAUUUUACCUGGCAGACUUCUUUGCUGCGGUGUUGUUGUCCACACUUAUAUUUUCCAUUUAUUUGUCUUUUUGUUACUUAACACAGUAACUAACUGCUGCAGUUAGUAGUUCUUAGCAAUAAUUUUGAUAACUCUGAAGCAGUGCUGUUACUCCUAAUGGAAACUGUAAUUUUAUUUGGGUCUUUUGUCAGUAUAAGUGCAAAGAGAUCAUGCUGAUAAUCUUGUAAUAACAUUUUGUAGAUUGCAUAUUGAUUAAAAAAAUAAAGUUGUAUUUCAAACUA